UGCGGUUGGUGGGAGAGGCGGUAGGUAGGUCUUCUUCCGUUCAAUAAAUCCCCAGUUCAUAUCUCCGAUCCGAUCCGAUCCGAUUCAGAGCGACCGCGAGAAGCGAUCGAUCGAGCGAUGGCUUCCUCGGAUUCCUUCGUCGUCGGGUUAAAGCGCGCCGAUGACGUUUGCGGCAUCGGCCUCCGACAAGUCUCCGGCCUCCGCCGUCCUUUCUCCUCCUCCGCCGCCACCCAAAUUUCCAUUCGCCGCCGGAGUUACCUCACUCACAAGAGGCUCGAGGUACGAGCUGGCGGAGAUAAAUUUGGAAAGCACUUUGAAGUUUCAACCUAUGGCGAAUCUCAUGGAGGAGGUGUUGGUUGCGUUAUUAGUGGAUGCCCCCCAAGGAUUCCUCUCUCUGAGGAGGAUUUGCAAUUUGAACUUGAUAGAAGGAGACCAGGUCAAAGCAGGAUAACCACUCCGAGAAAAGAAACUGAUACUUGUCGUAUUCUCUCAGGAAUAUAUGAUGGAAUGACAACUGGGACUUCAAUUUGUAUAUCUGUCCCAAAUACAGAUCAAAGAGGACAUGAUUAUAGUGAAAUGUCAUUAGCAUAUAGGCCUUCUCAUGCGGAUGCAACAUAUGACUUCAAAUAUGGUUUGAGAGCGAUACAGGGAGGUGGCAGAUCAUCAGCAAGAGAGACUAUUGGUAGGGUUGCUGCAGGAGCUAUUGCAAAGAAGAUUCUUAAGAUGUAUGCAGGAACUGAGAUUUUGGCAUAUGUUUCUCAAGUUCAUAAAGUUGUGCUUCCUGAAGGUGUUGUUGAUCAUGAGACAGUGACCCUUGAUCAAAUUGAGAGUAACAUCGUCAGAUGUCCGGAUCCAGAUUAUGCUCAAAAGAUGAUUGAAGCCAUCGAUGAAGUUCGAGUUAAGGGAGACUCUGUUGGAGGCAUAGUGACAUGCAUUGCUCGAAAUGUUCCACGAGGGCUUGGAUGUCCAGUCUUUGAUAAAUUGGAAGCUGAUUUGGCAAAAGCUAUGUUGUCUCUCCCUGCAACGAAGGGAUUUGAAAUUGGCAGUGGUUUUGCAGGAACUUUCUUGACUGGAAGUGAGCAUAAUGAUGAGUUCUUCAUGGAUGAGCAUGGCAAUAUGCGGACACGAACAAACCGGUCUGGGGGUGUACAGGGAGGAAUAUCAAAUGGAGAAACCAUUUACUUGAGAAUAGCUUUUAAACCAACUUCUACUAUUGCGAAAAAGCAGCAAACAGUGACAAGAGAUCGACAUGAAACUGAGCUUAUCGCAAGAGGGCGCCAUGACCCUUGUGUGGUGCCUCGAGCGGUUCCAAUGGUGGAAGCGAUGGCAGCUUUGGUGCUGUUGGAUCAACUGAUGGCGCAAACAUCACAAUGCGGAUUGUUUCCUGCCAAUGCUGCUCUUCAGCAACAAAUUGUUCAAGAUCCAAAUGGAUCUCUGGUCACUCCAUAGAAAUUGAGUUCAUUCCAUUUCCUUCGAUUUCCAGUUCAAAAUGGUGGCAAUAAAUGUUGUUGCAACGAUUGCAGAUGUGUCCUCUACUGUUGUAGAUGCAACAAGGCACUUGUAUGAUGCAACUUCUAUUAAUAUAUUUUUAGUGUUACAUAAAA